AUGGUGGGGGGCGCGAUCCGCGCCGGUUUCGCGGGCGACGACCUGCCCAAGUGCUACUUUCCUUCCUUCGUCGGCCGCCCCAAGCACCUCCGCGUCCUCGCCGGCGCGCUCGAGGGCGAGGUCUUCAUCGGCCAAAAGGCCGCCACGGAGCUGCGCGGCCUGCUCAAGAUCCGCUACCCGCUCGAGCACGGCAUCGUCACCGACUGGGACGACAUGGAGAAGAUCUGGGACAACCGCGACAUUGCCGCCCAGAUCCUCUUUGAGACGUUCAACGUGCCCGCCCUCCACACCUCCAUCCAGGCCGUCCUCUCGCUCUACGCCUCGGGCCGCACCACCGGCAUCGUCCUCGACUCGGGCGACGGCGUCUCCCACGCCGUUCCCGUCUACGAGGGCUUCGCCAUGCCCAGCAGCAUCCGCCGCAUCGACGUCGCCGGCCGCGACGUCACCGAGUACAUGCAGACCCUGCUGCGCAAGAGCGGCUACGUCUUCCACACGAGCGCCGAGAAGGAGGUCGUCCGCCUCAUCAAGGAGUCCGUCACCUACGUCGCCCACGACCCGCGCAAGGAGGAGAAGGAGUGGAUCCAGCGCUCCGGCGACCAGCCCAAGACGGCUGAGUACGUCCUGCCCGACGGCCACAAGCUCAAGAUUGGCGCCGAGCGCUUCCGCGCGCCGGAGAUCCUGUUCGACCCCGAGAUCAUCGGCCUCGAGUACCCCGGCGUCCACCAGAUCGUCGUCGACGCCAUCAACCGCACAGACCUCGACCUGAGGAAAUCCCUCUACAGCAACAUUGUCCUGUCCGGCGGCAGCACGCUGACCAAGGGCUUCGGCGAUCGUCUGCUGACCGAGCUGCAACGGCUGGCCGUCAAGGACAUGAGGAUAAAGAUCUUUGCGCCGCCCGAGCGCAAGUACUCGACGUGGAUUGGGGGGAGCAUCCUAGCUGGGCUGAGCACGUUCCGCAAGAUGUGGGUGAGCAUCGACGACUGGCAUGAGAACCCCGACAUCAUCCACACCAAGUUCACGUAG